AUGUCAGAUAUACUUGACGAUGAACAAGAAAGUGGUGAAGAAGGCUAUGAAGAAGAAGUAUCAGAUGCCUUUGAGGACGAACAAGAAAGUGAUGGAGAACAAGAUGAUGAUGAUGAUGAUGAAGAGGAAGAGGAAGAGGAAGAAGAGAGUGAUGAAGAGAGUGAAAAGGAAGAACAAGUAUUAGUUAAAGAGCCACCAAAAAGCUCUGUGCUGACAAAAUAUGUUCCUCCUCAUUUAAGAAAACCUGUGUCGACCGGAAAGAGCGAACAACAGUUAAGAUUACAAAAGCAACUUCAGGGUCAACUUAACAGAUUGAGUGAGUUAAACAUUGAAAGUAUUCUAGUUGAAAUCGAAAAGUGCUAUGGAACUUAUCCACGUCAUGAUGUUACAUCAACCAUUACUGAGCUUAUCAUCAACUCCAUCUCACAAAGGUCGAAUUUGCUUGAUUCAUUCGUGAUUACAUAUGCAACCAUAGUUGCAAGUCUUUAUCGUUUAGUUGGUGUUGAGUUUGCUGCCCAUUUUGUACAAACGGUUAUUGAGAUGUUUGAGACGGAACAUAAAAAAUAUAGAAAGGCAAAACAGCAGACGAUUGACGAUGAACAAGAAGGUUACAAGGAAACGAGGAACUUGUUAACAUUGAUACUCGAAUUAUAUAACUUUCAAGUCAUCUCAUGUAUCCUUGUUUAUGAUAUCGUGCGUAUGCUUAUCAGUGAACUAGACGAAGGCAAUGUAGAACUCUUGCUACGAAUUAUUAGAACUGCUGGAGCUGAGCUUCGUAACGAUGAUCCUACCUCAUUAAAACAUAUCAUUGAUGAAAUACAAAAGGAAACAGCUAAACGCGAUCCUUCGACUAUAUCUCUGCGUCAUAAGUUCAUGCUUGAAACAAUCGCUAAUGUGAAAAAUAACAAGAUCAAGAAUAAACAGACAGCAGCUGGACAUGGUGAUAAAGAGUUGGUACAAAAGAUGAAAAAGUUUAUACAAGGAUUAUCAAAGAAGAGAUCGACCCGUAGUACAGAAGCCUUGCGUGUCAGUUUGGAUGAUAUUCACAACGUCCAUACAAAGGGUAAAUGGUGGCUAGUUGGUGCCUCAUGGAAGGAUAAUUUGGUAGGCACAGAGAGUAAAUACAAGACAACAAAUGUACCUGAAGAUCUAAAGAAGGAUCAAUCAAUGCAAGAGGCUCUUUUGAAGCUUGCGAGAAAGCAGGGAAUGAAUACAGAUAUACGUAGAACUAUAUUUAUAACAAUUAUGAGUGCAGAGGAUUAUUUAGAUGCAUUUGAGAAACUGAUGAAGCUAGGCUUAAAUGAAGUCCAACAAAGAGAAAUUUGUCGUGUUAUGCUUCAAUGCACAGGAAAUGAAAAAACAUUUAAUCCAUACUAUAUGCUUGUUAGUAGAAGAUUAUGUGAAAUAGACCAUUCCUUCAAAGUGACCUUCCAAUACUGUCUAUGGGAUUUUCUUAGAGAGUGUGGCGAAAACGAAGUGGGUGGUCUAGAACGAAGUGCGAGUGAAAACUUUUCUGGAAGCAAAGAAAUCAGAUUAAGCAAGAUUGUAAACAUGGCCAAGUUUUAUGCUUCAUUGAUAACUGAAGGUGCUCUUACACUUGCUGUCUUGAAGAGUAUCAACUUUAUGAAUUUACAAAAGAAUGGCCGCAUAUUCCUGGAGUUACUCUUUGUAAAUAUAUUAUUACAAUUGCACGCUGGAGGAGCACAGGCCAUCGCCAAUGUAUUUGGCAAGAUACGAGACCAGCGAAUACUUGCUCAAGGCUGUAUAUUCUUCAUUGUAGGAACUGUUGCUCACUGUAAACACUCUGGACUUGAAGAGGAUGAUAUAGAAAAAGUGCAGUGGGGCUGUAAAAUAGCUAAAGAAGUAUUAAAUAAAUGAUCCAAAAGCAUUUAGACAUUAUUUCAAUUUAAUAUAUAAUUGUGGCAACAAAAUAAGUGGAUAUACCACUAAACAAAUGUCUUAGGCCAAUACUGCAUGCACAAAAAAUUCACGACAGAGUGGCU